AUGUUCCACGUGACUAUGGAGAUUCACAGCUUCAACUCUGACUUGGAGCUCAAAAAGUGCGGAGCUCCAGCUUCUGGUAUUACUGUAGCAAAUGGAGAGAAGAAAUUGAUGGAUCGUGCGCUGGAGGAGAAGAGAAAAGGAUUCAGAAGGACGCAGACUGCUUAUUUGUGA